AUGAUCAGAUCUCUCUCCUCUUCCUUCUUGCCUAGUACGGGCGCCAGCAAUUGCAACAUUGACAACUUCAUCUUCCGCCACAUGGCUCUGGAUGGGCAAAACGCCGCCGCAGGCAAGAGGUCCUCCCAAAGCCUCCAGCAUCAAGGAAGUGUGGAGCUUGCAACUCCAAAUGGUUCCAAGAAGGAUUUGAAACCUUCGACAGUCAGUCAGCCCCCCCUCCGUCGACUGACUGAGCCCUCGGCAGAUCACCCCCACGAAGAUCUCCCCCAUCGCAGCCGAUCUUUAAAAGAUGUGCGAGACCAUACCUCGCCCCCACUGGCUAGGCGCGCUUCCAUAAAAGAGCUUGCAGAGGUCGGGUCAUCUCCGCGGGUGGUUGAGGCUUCUCCAGCUGACGGGCAGAACAGGCGGUGGUUUGGGAGGAAGGGUGAAGAUAAGCUUCCUGGCAGCCAGGUGGGCGGAACAAGCAGGAAAGAGAAGGGAUGGGGCCUGGCCAAGGUCGUAGCGCGGCACCAGUGGUUGACCGACGAUGGGGAAGACGACAAGCGACGCAUUGAGCCGUCGGACGCUUCUGCUAAGGGAGGUUCUACUGACUGGAGAAAGGCAGGCCUAAAUGUGCAGCGGGGGCUCGCUUUCAGACGGCCAUCGUCCAGAAGGGGCUCUGACUCUGAUGACUCCUCAAGAGCCGGACAUUCAGCUAAGGGAGAGUCAGAGAGUGCGGAUGGUAGCGGCGGGGGGAGCCGGCAGGUUCCGCCUGCGGUUCCCAGGAUGCCACCCCACCCCACUGGAGACGCCUACCGGAACCAUUAUUUGCCCCACGGGCCGGCAGAGGCGCCAGGGGAUCAGGUGGAGAACUUGUCUGCCCCAGUGAAGUUUUUCGCAGGGGGCAGCAGAGCAAGGGAGGGGGGCCUGGAAGACGCUGCAUGGCUGCAGGAGAAGGGGCAAACGGCGACGAGCCAGCGCGGUUUAGCGAGCGAGGGGGAAGGGGGUUCAUUGGGGCCGUCUAUGGGGAGUAUUGCGGAGCAUGAUAGCAGUCAACAGCUGCUUCAUUCGGAGAUUGAAGCGGUUAGGUCUAGGGAGGAAAGUGCGGCCUCGGGACCCAGGAAGAGUUCGUUCAGAAGAGAGUCCAGCACAGCGCAAGCAGGGUUUGGCGAAGAACGCUCAAAGGAUCGCGAAGAGAGUGGAACGACAAUCGGCAGGCAAAGGGAUGCGGGUUUGGACGACGGGAAGCGUGACCCCUUUGAUAACCAGUUUGACCCACUUCCGGGGACGGAGGCAUACGGUAUGACCCAGGUCGAGGACGAAGAUACCUUUCAGCAAAGUACGCAGGAGGGCCACAGUCUGGGCGCUCAUUUCAAGACAACGUGGCAGGACUGGCAAACGCGGUACAAGGGAGUGGACGCAGAACAGUACGCCCCGAACGACGACGGGUCGCACGGGGGCUCGUCGGUGCGCGAGGUGCGCCACAAGCACUGGUCCGAGUGGCUGCGGCCGCCCAUGAUCCACCCCUUCUCGCGAGCGCACCGCGACAUCAACCUCGUGAUUACAGUCGCAAUUGUGUACACUAUGCUGAGCCUGCCGUUCCAGCUGUGCUUCGACGUGUCGCUGACCGGUGGUUGGCUGACCAUCGAGUUCCUCGUGGACGUCAUCUUCCUGGUGGAUGUCGCCAUGAACUUUCGUACGGGCUACGUCGAAAAGCAGCGCGAUGAGAUGCGCGACGGGCUGCGCAUCAUCCGGCCGCAGAAGAUCGUGAUGCGCCCGCAGCGCGUGGCGCGGCACUACCUCCGGACGUGGUUCGCCAUCGAUCUAGUUUCCAGCCUGCCGUACGACCUGCUGCUGGUGGCAAACGUCGGGCACAGCACAGUCAACAUCGUUCAGUUCCUGCGGCUGUUCCGGCUGUUCCGGCUGCACCGCCUCAUGCUGGCUCAAGCGGAGCUGCAGGAGACGUGGACAACCAAGCAGUACGAGAUCGUCGAGAUGGUCCUGCUUAUCUUUUACCUCGUAUACCUGGCACAUGUUGGCGCCUGCAUCUUCGUCGCGAUUGGCCGCCUGGAAAACAGUCCGCAGCGGUGGCUGGAGCAGUUCUCGUGGAACCGCGCCGGCGAGGCAGUCCCGCUCGCGGAGGCGCGCCCGUUUGUCAAGUACAGUGCGGCGCUCUACUGGUCUGUUAUUACAGUUACCAGCGUCGGCUACGGCGACAUCUACCCGUCCACAACGCGUGCGGAGCGCAUCUUUGCGACGCUGUUCAUCACGGUGGUUGCCAUCUUUCUGGGCUACGUCGGGGGCAACAUCGCCGCGCUGCUCAUCCUGCGGGGACAGCGCCAGUCCGUGCGCCGCGAAAAGUUCUCCACCUUGCACGCGUUCAUAGACAAAGAAGACAUUCCCGACUGGCUGGCAACGCGCAUCACUGUGCACAUGACCCGCCAAUGGAAUCUGCAAGCGGCGGACUUCGACGAAGAGCAAAUGCUGCAGGAUCUUACCGAUGAACUCCGGAUGGACCUGAUGGUGCACUGGUGGAGGCGCACAGUGGUCGAGAGCGAUCUGUUUCCUCACAAGCGGAGCUUUUUGACCAUGCUCCUCGAGAAGUGCAAAGCGGAACAGCUGGCACCGGGAAGCGUCCUAUGCCAGGCUGGCGAGGUGAUGCGCCACGUGUACAUCCUCCGUCACGGCACCAUGAAGAUUACCAGGAGCGACGACUUGCCCGCCUCUAGUUCGUCCAGCACCGCCGGAAGCUCCGAAACGGGGUCUGACUCUGAUGGGGCCACCCGACGGCGGCAUCGCUCCGUCACUUCCACCCCGGAACGGCGGCACUCGGACACGGAGGACCCCUCGAGCAGCGAGGGCCCGCCGUAUUACUUCAUAGAGCCGGGGACCGUUAUCGGCGAACGGUGCCUCACGGGCGUACUGGUGCAGACGAAGAAAGACGUGCCGGCCGCCAAGGAGAAGGACACCGACCUCAAGAGUAUCCGGGUCAAAAACGUGCGGAUGGAUCUCACAGCAACCUGCGAAGACGAGUGCACCGUGCUGGGCUUGCUUAUAUCCGACUUGUUUGACGUGUUGGAGAGGUUCCCGACUCUGGUAGAAGCGUUGAGAGCUUCGCUCCGCGAUCAUCUGGUAGAAGAGAGUACCACUUUGGGCACCAGUAGAGAAGAGGAGUGACAGAAUACUGCCAAAAUAUGUAUCCAAAGUUAUACAGUCACCUAGACCACGACUUCCUUUUUGUUGAUGCUAUUCCUUGGAGUGACCGGUUGGAUAGUUCUCUGUAACGCAUAAGCCCCGCAACGCAAGUACUUGCAAGGACCGGUAUUUGGAAGCACAGUUAUUCUUGCAAGCGGCCCCUGAUUGAAGUUUUUAAUCUGUGGAGGGGUUAUGUAGUACUUUAAGUAAACUUUCAGGCUUCAGUAAGCUGGACCAGAUUGGGGACGCCGGCGAGCAAC